AUAUGACUGCACCAUCUAACCAAGUGUCUCAGGUUAAAUUAGCCCUUAAACAAAUUGCUGAUAAUCUACAGCAAUUAGAAAAAUAUGAAGAUCCAGAUGUAGACUUGUUUAGCCUUAAAACUGACACCGAACAGUUAUUAAAACAUUUGGAGAGCCUACCUUUAGAAGGCAUUCGAAAUAAACUAAAUAAAAGACAAAGAAAAAGGCACAACAAAAAAUUGCAAAAACUUAAAAAUAAGCAAAUAAAUAAAGUGAUAAAUAAAGAAAUUGUUAGCAAAGUUUAUGAGGACACCACGACAUCUAAAGCUUCAAGGGAUAAUAAACCGAAAUCUCAUUACCAAAAUAAAAGUGUUAAAGAGUGUCAACGCUUUUUGCAAACUUUUGAAUUAUUGGAACAAUUGCAUUUAUUACGUGGUCAAAAUGCCACAGAAACUUAUAAAUUUUCAUUAAAAUUACGCCAAAUGAAAUCUAUCUGGAAUAGUUUAUUGCAAGACAAGUUGCAAGAGCAAAUCCCAGUAGAAGUUAAAAUACAACAGCAGUGGAAUGAGGUGUUAUUUGGUCCACCUGAGAAAACAUACUUUCAGGAAAAACCUGAUUUACAGGAUUUUAUAAGGAAAAGGCAAAUUUGGGACUCUUAUAUAGAUAGUAAAAAUGGUUCAUCUAUUCCCAUAGGCUGGAUUUUACCACCUACAAAGGCUGAGGGACAAUGGCUAAAAUAUCUUGCUCCAACUAAUAGUUAAUUAGAGAUAUUUGAUGAUAAUAAAUUUGUUUUUUUAUACAACUAAUCUAAUUAUUACACAUAUAUAUAUAUGAAA